CUUGUUUUCAAAUACAAUAUAUAUAUUUAUAUAUAUACAUAAAUAUAUAAUAUAAGUACAAUAAAUUACUCCACGUGUUUUAAAUAAUUAUUAUUAACUUUGUUUAUUUAAAAAAUAUUUAAACAAUUCAAAUAAUGGCGCGAAUUGGUAACGUGUCGGCAGAUCAAUUGAUUGCAGGAUCAAGUGUUUUAUCAAGACCAGCUGAAGAAUUUGAAAAUGAUGCAACUGUUGAGGCAAUGUGGGCAAUGAAAGCAUUUGAACAUGCGGAAAUAUAUUUCAAUAUAUUAUGCUCAGUAGAUCCAAAACAUCUGAAACUCACAGCCCACGAUGACCAGAUCUACAAAGCUUUUCGCGAGGCCUUUCCCAAUUUGUCUGUCGACAAAAUAAACGAGGACGAGAUGAAAUCUCCUGAAGGAAAGAACAAAUGGCGGCAAUUUUGCGAGCAAUUCAAAGAUAUAGUUGAAGAUUACAGCAUGGGAACUCUCCUCCGCGCCGAUUGCACCGACGAGUACAGCGAAAAAAACAGUAUCCUGGUAACGCGUAUCCAGUUUUACGCAAUCGAGCUCGCACGUAACCGCGAAGGCCUCAACGACUCGAUUCGCCAAAAGUUUAAGCCCAAAAAACUGACCAAGAACUCAUAAAAAAAAUGCAAUUAAAUUUAAAUUGAAAUUGAAAUUUUAUUUUUACAGACAAUUAAAUAAAACUGGUAAUUAAUUACAAAAUAA